AUGGGAUUGGACGAGGCGGCCGCGUGGCUGCUCGCUGUGCAGACAGCGCAGAUGAUGUGGCGAUGGCAGGAGGCGGGAGCAGCUGCAGCAAGGUGGGGUCUCUAUGCUGGAAUGAUUCACACACUACCUGCUCCACGUCUGCCGUCACAAGAUGCUGCAGUGGCAUUGCAACACGCCUCGUAUUCCACCUCACCUCUUUACUGCCAUUGCUUAGCGCAAUCGCUCUCAUCCCUCCCGAUUCCACUUCACUCCCCAUCUUCUUCCCCUCCCUCUCUCCCGCGCAUCCCCCCCUUCUUUCCGCCUGCCAGCACCCGCACGCCCUCGCCCUCGUGGCGGCGUGCGCUCUCAGGGGGCAGCCCGCCGCCCUGUACGUCCUCCACGCCUUCGCCCUCCGCGCCCGCACCGCUGCACCCUCUGCUCUCGCUGCUCCCACUGCUCCCACCAGCUCGCAGAAGAGAGAUCCUGCAGCGGCAGCUGCAACAGCAAGAGUGGCGCAGGCGGGUCGCGAGGCAGGGGAUUGAACGGGCAGUGCUGGGGGAGGUAGUGGCGGAUGGGCACGUGUGCCGCAGACUGCACUGCCUCGCUGCGAGGCUGCAGGCUGCUGCUCCUGCUGCUGGCGACGCAGCAGCUGCGGAAUGGGGCGUGCCACGUGUGCCUGCUGACGUGGAAUGCCAGCUGGCAAGUGUGCUGUGCCCGUUGGCUGCGUGCAGGAUGGUGCAGCAGGCGGCAGAUGCAGGCAGUGCAGGUGGUAACGCAUGUGGCGUCGCUGCUGGCGGUGUUGUUGGCAGCGAUGGGGAGGAGGGUUCGGACUGGGAUUCAGAGAGUGGGGAAGUGUGGAUGGGGUGGACGGGCGGGGAGAGUGACGACGACGAGAGUGAAGGGGGCGAGGAAGGGGGAGAGCGUGCAGAGAAACCAAAGAUAGAGGGUCUCGCAGUGGGAGCUGGAGGGGCCGGUGCAGAGGGAGAUGACGCGGUUCUGAGGGGUUUUGGGAGGGCGCUAUCGCUGGUUCUCGCUCAGUACGAGGCCGGGGUUGCCCAGCUCGCCCGUGCAUGCAUCGCCUCUCUUUCUGCCUCAUCUCCAACAGCAGCAACAGAUUGUUCCAGCCCUGCACGCUCACAAGCAGGCACUCCAGCCGGUCCGUCAGAUGCUGUGCUUCUACUGGCCAUGCGGAGCAGGCGACUGAGGGCGCAGCUGAGGCGCCUGGUGAUGUUGCUGGGGAUGGAUCCGAGAGCGAGGGAGACAGCAGGUGGUGAGAGGAAGGGGCACCCAUGGGAGGACGGGGCGCUAAGGGGGAGGGAGACAGCAGGGGGAAAGAUGGAGGAUGCAUGGUCGGUGGUGUACCAGUGCCCUCAGAUGGUCAUGCCUAGCUCGUCAGAUCAAAGCAGUUCAGGCAUGAGAGACAUGCCUCUCACUCCACCCCCUCCACACACGUCCCACACGCACCACAUGCACUGCACGCCCCACACGCACCACGCAGACCGUGCUGUUGCUGCCAGCGGUGGCACUAGAGGCUUCGACACACCUCGGUUCCUGUCCAACCAGGCAGCAGCAGUCGGCGAGGCGUGGAGUGCGGCACUCUUCCUUCGUCCCAGCAAGAUCAACCACCUGCUGCCCUUGUUCCUCCAUCCAGUGUCACGCCUCGUUGUAAGAACAGCACAGCAGCAGCACAUACUCCUCUCCGCCCCCGACCCCACCAUUCGCCAGCUCGCCUCCCGCCUCUCCUCCCUCCUCUCCGCCCUCCUCCUCCCCCACUCACACCCCUUCCUCUCUCUGCCAACCAAUGGAAAUAAGCCAAGUCACAUUCAAACAGCGCUCGCGUCUGAUUGGUCCAUCGAUUUCACCCUGGCAGGGGUGGCCCGAACCAGAGAGAUCGUCCAGCACCGACUUGCCAUUGCUGAGCUGCAGGUUCGGCAGCUUCUAGACUCCCUGGAGCCCCAGUCUAGUGCAGAAGGCGAGGCUCGGAUGGCUGAUGUGGGUGAUAGAGUGGAGGUGCAGAGACAGUUAGGGCCUGCACCCACCCACAGAGAAAUCGCGGGACAAGCAUUGGGGAGGGAGGAAGAGGAGCAGGGAAGAGGGCACGGGGGAAAGGAGCAGGGAAGAGGGCAUGGGGGAAAGGAGCAGGGAAGUGGGCAUGUGGGAGAGGAGCAGGGAAGAGGGCACGGGGGAAAGGAGCAGGGAAGAGGGCAUGGGGGAAAGGAGCAGGGAAGUGGGCAUGUGGGAGAGGAGCAGGGAAGGGAGCAGAUCUGCUCUGGCUGUGGCUGGUCGCAUGACCCCUCCUGGCACGUGCCUGGUGAUGACGUGGCAGCAGAUGAUUGGCCCUGGAAGGGCACUCAUCCCCCUCCUCUUUCCAAUCUGCUUGUCUCCCCCAACCGCACCACACCCAGCCAUACUGCACCGAAUCCCACCGGCCUCAGCCCCACGUUGCGGCAGGCAUGGGUGGAGUGCGGUGCCAUGCUGCAGCUCACUGACCCCCGCUCUGGCCCCGCCUUCCCCUGGACGUGGAUGGCCUGUAACGAGGAUGCUUGUAGCGGGGAUGGAUCUGGCGGGGGUGCGAUUCAUGGUGCUAGUGGCAUCUCAUGGCAUGCAUUGCUCCAGCAUCCACGGAGGCAUGGGGGGGGUGCUGCUGAAAGUGCACAGGAGACAGGAAAGGAGGGUGUUGGUCAGAGAGAAAACAAAGGAGGAAUUCAGGGAGCAAAGGAGGGACCAAAGGAGGGAGCAAAGGAGGAAAGGAAGGAGGGCUCAAGAAAGGGAGCGGCAGGUAGUGGGGGGCGAAAGCAGAAGGGCGUUGAGGAUGAGAGUGGAAAGCACAGCAUGAAGCAGAGUGGGAGGCAGACUGGGAAACAGGGUGGAAGGCAGACAGGGAAGCAGGGUGGGAGGCCGGGUGGGCAGCAGAGUGGGGAGGAUCUGGGUGGAAGGCAGGGUGGGCGUAGAGGGGCAGCAGGGAGGGGAGGGGUCCAUGUGACGAAUGAGGAGAGGCGGCUGGUUGGCAUGGCCGUCACAGACAUGGAUGGGAGCUUCGAUGAUGCCGUCCAUGCCCACCUGCUGCUGCCCAUCCGUGCAAGUCACGCACUGGUGAGCAGGGCAGCAGUGCAGGUGCUGUUCACAAUGGGGCGCUACCGCGACCACUGCACCGCACUACACUGCCUCUUCCUCUCUCCCCACUCCGCCCUGCCCUCCGCCCUCCUGCACGCCCUCCAUGCCAUGGACUGGGCCAGCCUUCGCUCGCUACCAGAGCAGCAGCACGCGCUCUCAUCCGCCCUGGACACGGCCAUCUCGCGAGCCUGCCUCUCCUCCCUCCCCUCCUCCUCCCUCUCCCGCCUCCACACAUUCAUCUCGCCAUCCUCCCUCUCCUCCAUAACAUCUCUGCCGCCUCACCCAAUGUUACCAGGGUUGGGAGGGUUGCGAGGCCAGGGGGGAGGGGUAAUGGGCAGGCUGGGCGCGUUUGACUUUGUGCGGGUGGGGUACGACCCUGGCUGGCCUGCCAGCGUGGUGAUUCCCCCCCAGCUGGUGCAGCAGUAUGCAGACGUGCUCACGGCGCUGAUCCGGCUGCAGCACGUGCAAAGGGCCGUUGAAAAUAUCACGCUUCAUGUCAAGCGUGCGUGCAUUGCAGCUGGUUUUGGGGCAUUCUGGAGGGCAGCCACACCCUUCCCGCCACUCACCGCUCCCUGUGUUCGCCCUCCUGCUCUCUUCCCCUCCUUCCCCCCUCCCAGCGUGCGUGCAGCACAGCUAGUGUCCUGCAUGCUCGCCUUCAUGAGCGCUCAGCUGCAGCGAGCAGCGCAGCAUGGGGACCAGAUACUGCUGCUGGGCACUCAGGCAGAACACAUGCCCUAUCUGGUGGGUCUGGGUAUUCCAUUGGUAUAA